AGUCCCAGUUCUCAGUAGCCAGGCACUGCAUGGGUACAUAGGUAUGAGUCCAGUACAUAUAGAAGCUCGUCUCGGCACUCUGAGCUCAGUUUAUAGAGAUACUUAGCUCGGGGACCAGUUCGUUGGAGGCGGCGAAAUGAGUUACUUGUGCCUGAUUCUGUGCGUCACUUCUGUGGCCAGUCAAGCCUCCGAGGAGAUCUACCAGCUGCUGGCCAAGAGCCAUGCCAACCAGAACCUCAUCGUCUCGCCCGUUUCGAUAGAGACCAUCCUGAGCAUGGUCUACAUGGGUGCCGGAGGGUCGACAGCUCGGGAGCUGCAGAGUGCCCUGAGGCUGCCGUCCGGGGACAAGCAGGCGGUGGCCACCAAAUACGGAGCACUGCUCAGCCAGCUCCAGGGGCAGGAGCAGGGUGGAGCCACUCUGAAGCUGGCCAACCGCAUCUACGUGAACGAUCAGUACAGCCUGCAUGCGGACUACAACCUGGCCGUGAGGGAGCCCUUCCGGGCCGAGGCGCAGUCCAUUAGCUUGGCCGACGGCCCUGGGGCCGCCGCGGGGAUCAAUCAGUGGGUGCUCGAGCAGACCAGUGGCAAGAUCAAGAACAUGAUCGAACCCGGCAGCAUGACCGCCGACGUCAAGGCGUUGCUGGUGAAUGCCAUCUACUUCAAGGGCCAGUGGGAGUCCAAGUUUGACCCGGUGAAGACUAGAGCCGCCAGCUUCCAAGUGACCGCCGACAAGAGUGUGCCCGUCCAGAUGAUGAUGCAGAUGGGCAUGUUCAGGGCGAACUACUUCCGAGACCUGGACGCGCAGGUGAUCGAGCUGCCGUACCAGAACUCCAACCUGUCCAUGACCAUCUUCCUGCCCCGCGAAGUCGGCGGCUUGGGCUCUCUGGAGGAGAAAAUCGGUGGCUUCGCCCGACCGCUGGAGGCCAAGGAGGUGUAUGUGAAGCUGCCCAGGUUCAAGAUCGAGUUUCGUGACGAACUUAAGGAGACCCUAGAGCAGCUGGGCAUCCGAGAGCUUUUCACUGACAACUCGGACCUGAGCGGCUUGUUUGGCGAUAAGUCAGGCGGAAAAGUCAGCCAAGUCUCGCACAAGGCGUUCCUGGAGGUGAACGAGGAGGGAGCAGAGGCCGCGGCUGCCACAACUGUAGCCGUCACGAAUCGAGCGGGCUUUUCCAUGUUCUUCGUGGUCGACCAUCCCUUUGCCUUCCUCAUCCGCGAUGCGAGUACCAUAUACUUCCAGGGCCGUGUUGUUAGCCCUUAAAUAAAUCUAAUACAACUUAAAUGUCUGACUGUUUUUAAAAAAUACUUGGAAAUUUUUAGAGGAAAGAAA